CGGCGACGGACGGAGACAGUUUUUGUUUUUUCUUUCCGCCAGCGUGUGUCGCCUAUGAAGAUAUUACCAUUAACACAAACGGAAUAAUCUCCUGGACGUAACCGUGGAGCGAAAAUGAGGGAAAUAUCGAGAUAGAGCGCACGACGAGGCUCGACUGUAGCUGCUGCAGUUUUUUGUUGAAGUGCGAGUGGGAUCACAGCUGCGAAAAUGUCGGGAAAAAUAGAGAGCAAGCAAGAUUCGCAACGGUCCCAUCUGUCCUCUUUCACUAUGAAGCUAAUGGACAAGUUCCACUCUCCCAAGAUCAAGAGGACUCCAUCAAAGAAGGGCAAGCAACUGCAGCCUGAACCAGCAGCCAAGAGUACAGAGAAACCAGUCAACAAGAAGGUAAAUCGGUUGGAGGAGCAGGAGAAGGAGGUGGUCAGUGCUCUGCGCUACUUCAAGACAAUUGUGGACAAAAUGGUUGUUGAGAAGAAAGUGCUGGAGAUGCUUCCAGGCUCUGCCAGCAAAGUGCUUGAAGCCAUCCUGCCUCUGGUUCAGGUGGAGGCCAGGAUACAACACAGCUCAGCGCUGUCUUCCUGUCAUAAUCGUGUGUAUCAGAGUUUAGCCAACCUCAUCCGUUGGGCAGACCAGGUGAUGCUGGAUGGCAUUGACUUGGAGGACAAGGAAAAUGUGGCAGCAGUCACCAGUGUCAUCAAAGCAGUGCUGGAUGGUGUAAAGGAAUUGGUAAAACUUACCAUAGAGAAACAGGAGCAGCCAUCACCCACCACCCCGAACAAACCAGCACCACCUGCUGCUACAACAACAGAGAGUAUGUCAUCAGAGAUGCCCAUGGUCGAUCGGGAGCAGGAGGUCUUGAAUAAAACGAUACCAUCAAUAGCGCCUCCUGUUGAGGCUGCCUAUGACAUAACAGAGGAAGACAUAGCCCCUCCCAAACCACCUCUUCCUGAAGCCAAGAUGGCUGAACUCAGAGCACAGUUGAGUGCUGACGAUGGCCAAAGGAGAACUUCCCAGAAUCCUCCACCAGCUCUGCCCCCUAAGAAACGGCAGUCAGCCCCUUCGCCUACACGGGUGGCAGUAGUUGCCCCAAUGAGCCGUGGCUCCAGCUUGCCCUGCACUGUUCACAGACAGCAGGAAUAUGAGCAGGAAUUCCUGCAGAGGCGUUUCUCUGGUGGGAGCCAGUCAUACGGCGGUGACUCUCCACGCCUGUCUCCAUGCAGUAGCAUGGAGAAACUGAGCAAGUCAGAUGAACAGCUGUCCUCCAUGGAACAGGACAGCGGUCAGUGCUCUCGUAAUACCAGCUGUGAGACACUUGACAACCCAGAAAGUCGCGACCCGGAUUAUGACUUCCUCCAUGAGGACUUAUCAGCUGGGGAUAAUCUGCUGCCAGUUCCAGUAGGAGGAUGUCUGAGCCCCCUGCCGGAGUCUCACAGCGAGUCCUCUUCCCCCGUUCCCGGACAGUAUUCUUCACAUCCCCGUUUCACUGCUCCUCAACAUCCACCAGGAUAUUGGACACCUCAGCCUAAUCAAACCAAUCCCUUACAUUCAUUGCGCAUUAGUGCACCCCCUGCCCUUCCACAGAAAAAGCGACGUAGCACUCAAACACCACCAUUUCCUGACGGAGGGUCAAGGGUGCUAUAUGAGCGCUACCCCUCCCAAUAUGACAACUUGUCAGAAGAAGAGCUGCAUCCGACGCCACCAUUCCCCCUAUUUACACCAAUCUCGCCCAUGCCCCAGACUAAUGGGGGCGUGUACGUUUCCCAGUACAUGUCCGGUGAGAAUGCAGAUGUCCCAGCCAGUCCACCGCCUCUACCAGAAAAGAAAAGUAGACACAUCUUGCAGUACAUGCAGUUUGUGGAAGACUACUCCGAGCCGCAGCCCUCCGUGUUCUACCAGAUGCCACAGAGCGAGAGCAUCUAUGAGCAGCGCAAUAAGCGCUUUCAGGAGGUUUACGGCUUCAAUGACUCCUUCAGCAGCACUGACUCAGUCCAUGAGCCUCUACAGCCCCCAGCCUUGCCCCCAAAACAAAGGCAGCUGGCCUCCCACUCUUCCUCCCCUUCUUCUUCCUCCUCUUCCUCCCUCUCCUGCCACCUCCAGCCGUCUGUAGCGGCCAUGGAGGAGGCGGGCUCUGGGCUGGGCCUGAGCAUAUCCGUCUCUAAUUCCUACCUGAUUGGCCAAGCAUCCUUGACUACACCCACGAGCUUGGACCAGGUUGUCUUGACUAAUGCCACCAUUCUGGAUGGCAGCGGGGGUGGGCCCAACGGUUCCCUGGCUGGUUCGUUGGGCUGUGUGGCUAUCUGUCUUCCUUCUGAGUCUUCUCUAACUGACUCUCUCCACACCUCAGCGAGCGAGAGCGCGAAUGAUGAGGGUGGGGAGGGGGAGUACGUCAACUUGUACUCAUCCAGCCAUGCCAAUGGGGAACUGCCUCUCUCCCUCAGAGAAACUAUCACAGCUGAUGAUGUAAUUCAAGACCCCACCCCUCAGAUACCAUCGUCCAACAGGAAGGAGGGUAUGGAUAAGGAAAGGAGGAAGAAAUCAGCAGAGGCGGCUGAGAGUGACGAAGAGGACAUAGACGAGCUGUCCCUCAUAGACCACAAGGAGAUCAUGAGCAGGAUAACACUAAAGCAAGAAAAUGACGAUGGCCCUGACGUUCGUGCUGGAUCAGGAGAUAUUCUUUUAGUCCAUGCCACAGAAACAGACCGCAAAGAUCUUGUUUUGUACUGUGAAGCCUUCCUGACUACAUAUAGGACAUUUAUAACCCCCGAGGACCUCAUUAAGAAGCUGCACUACAGAUAUACUAGUUUCUGCCACAGUCCGGAUACUUUUAAAAAGCGAGUCAGCAAAAACACGUUCUUUGUGCUGGUUCGAGUGGUGGACGAGCUGUGCCUGGUUGAGCUGACUGAAGACAUUCUGAAGCAGCUGAUGGAGCUGGUGUUCACGCUGGUGUGCAACGGCGAGCUCAGCCUCGCCCGUGUGCUCCGCAAGAACAUCCUGGAUAAGGUGGAGCAGAAGAAGCUGCUGCGUUACACCAACUCCCUGAAGCCACUUGCUGCCCGCGGGGUCUCAGCCAGGCCUGGAACGCUUCAUGACUUCCGCAGUCAUGAAAUUGCAGAUCAGCUCACUCUACUUGAUGCUGAACUCUUCUAUAAAAUUGAGAUUCCUGAGGUGCUGCUCUGGGCCAAGGAGCAGAAUGAGGAGAAGAGUCCAAACUUAACUCAGUUCACAGAGCACUUUAACAACAUGAGCUAUUGGGUGCGCUCUUUGAUAAUACAGCAGGAGAAAGCCCAAGACAGAGAGAAGCUGCUCCUGAAGUUCAUUAAGAUUAUGAAGCACUUACGAAAGUUGAAUAAUUUCAACUCCUACUUGGCAAUACUGUCCGCCCUGGACUCGGCCCCCAUCCGGAGACUGGAGUGGCAGAAGCAGACCUCAGAGGGAUUGGAGGAAUAUUGCACAUUGAUCGACAGCUCCUCGUCCUUCAGAGCAUACAGAGCAGCUCUGGCUGAAGUGGAACCCCCGUGCAUCCCGUACCUGGGUCUAAUUCUCCAGGACCUGACCUUUGUCCACCUCGGCAACCCCGACCUCAUCGACGGGAAGGUCAACUUCUCCAAACGCUGGCAGCAGUUCAACAUUCUAGACAGCAUGCGGCGCUUCCAGCAAGUGCAUUAUGAGCUGAAGCGCAACGAAGACAUUGUGUCUUUCUUCAAUGACUUCAGCGACCACCUGGCAGAGGAAGCGCUGUGGGAACUAUCAGUGAAAAUCAGGCCCAAGAACAUCGGCAGGCGUAAGACUGAACGUGAAGAGAAGACCUAGGGUCUACUGGCCCCUGCUCCAAGACUGACCUCCAGCUGUGCUUCAUGACACCAACUCCACUUUACUACAGACUGAGACGCCAACGGAAGUUGUUUGCCGGAGCUGACGAGAGACUCAGAACAAACUAGUGUGAUCGAGGUUUACGACGAGCUCCGCCACUCCGGGAGAUUAUAAUUGGGAUUAUUACAGCACAGAGAGAUUCUGUGACUGGAGAAACAGGACGCCUGGUGCCAAGAGGGCUGAAGAAUCAACCAGCAGACGGGGAGACGCCACAGAAAUAACCAAUGUCUGCUCCCUGGGCUCGCUGGUUUAGAGUGGAGCUGUUGUGUUGUGUGUGACAUUGAGGUGAACAAUCCGUCACUCUCCGAGUCGCUCCUUCCUCUUAUUUUAUGUACGUGCCAUUUGUAGGUCAUCUUCUGUCUCCUUCUCCCCCGAUUCCUGAACCUCCCCUAAAAAUGCAGAACCUCUCGGGCGGUCCACAGUGAGCUGCACUGGCAGGCUUUGGACCAUGAUAAACUGCUGGGAGCGUGGGGGGGGAUCUGAACUUGAAGAGACGAUGGAAACUUUGAGUUUGUUUUGAAACAUGUUGCUUAAGGAUCAUGUACGGUUAUGAUAUGUAUUAUAUACAGUGCUCCUUUUGUUCUCAAAAAGGAUGUUUAUGCUUCUGAGAAGAGCUUAGCUUCUCCUAAGUGCCAUACAUAUGUGCACUAAAAAAAGCAAGCAAAAAACA